AUGUUCGAGACCAUGCAGCGUUAUCGGGCUAUGCUCUUGAUGUACCGUGAUCAGAACAAAGCCAUUGAAGCAAGGCAUCAGGAGGAGCUCAAUAAAUUUUGCAUUGCUGCGAAACUGGAGUUCCUCGAAGAAUGCGAAGGUUUGUUUUCAACGUACCAUGAGAAGAAGAAGAAGACAAAGUUCGAGCUGGUCCUUGCCGAAUCCAAGCUUCAAAAUGUUAAGGUCCCUACCAUCGAUUGGUUCAAAUUGGGUGAGCCAAUGAUGUUUGACUGA